AUGGCAUCGUGUGGAGACAUAUUCCUGGGCGUAUUGGCCAUUUUCUUCCCCCCCAUCGCUGUCUGGAUCAAGAGGGGUCUAUGCUCAGCAGACUCACUGAUCAACAUACUCCUUUGUUGUCUUGGGUACUUACCCGGACUACUCCAUAGCUGGUACAUAAUAUCGAGCAACCCAGAGCGAGAUUACGACUAUGAAGCUCUCCCCGACGGUGAAGGUGGCAACCAGCAUGUGACAACAUACUACUAUAUCCGCCAUGAGCCAAGCCGACGCGAAUACGGCACUCAACAGCAAGGGGCACAAGGCCAGAAUCGACCUGCGCCCCCACCUCCCAAGUCUCAGAACAAACCUGCAAACAAGAACACUGGAGGUCAGGUAGGCAGCAGUUCCUCGGCACCACAAGUUUCCAUCGAGGGACCAAGUGUAGGAGCUGGGACCGACCAGGAGGGUGCUCCACCUGCAUAUGCGGAUGUGGUUAGAGGGGACAACAAGGUGCAGAGCCAAGAUUAG